AUGAAGUUGUUAGCCACCGUCGCCCUUUUAGGGUUGGCCCUCGCCUCAACCUUCACAUGGAAACCGACGCCUCAAAUCCAUGAAGAGGUGUUCCGUCCUGGUCGCGAGUACCGCUACCUUUUCGACGGCCAAGUCACCACCGGCCUCGCUUUGCCUAACACUCAGCAAUCUGCCACUCGAAUCCAGGCUAUGGUCAACUUGCAGCCUGUUGAUGAGCGCAUCUUCCUGUUCCAACUAAGGGAAGUCCGUUUUGGAACCAUCCAAGAGGAGUUCGAGCCCCGUCACCUUCUUCCUUUUGAGCACUACCAGAUUGUGAAACUUGACGAAGAGCAAAAAGAAAUGCUAAAGAUGCCAAUUCGAUUCGCAUACAGACACGGACUGGUCGGCGAAAUUGAGUUCUCUGAGGAGGACAAACCGUGGUCCGUGAACAUCAAGAAAGCCAUUAUCAACAUGCUCCAGAUCAAUCUCCUAAAAAGAGAUGAGACCAGAACACGCGAUCGUGAAGACGAGGCCGAAAAUAAGAACUUCUUUGUCGCUGUAGAGAGAACCCUCGAGGGCGAAUGCGAGGUUGAAUAUACAACCACCCAGACCGAAACUGAAAAGGUGCAAUGGACGAAAUCUAUCAACUUCCAAAAGUGCAACGUUCGUCCAGAGGUCCAGUACGGUAUUCGCAUGCGUGACAUGAAGAACAACGAUGAGAAGCUCUUCACCACAGUCAUGAAGUUUGAUGUCACUGGGAACAGGGAUGAGUACCUCGUCCGCGAAGUCGAACUCAAGUCCCAGUAUAAAUUUGUACCUCUCUCAAAGAAGCACGAGCUCAUCACUUCUAUUGUCAACAACAAAAUGACUCUCGUCUAUGCUGGCAAGGUUGAGGCACAGAUCCCCAACAUCCGCCACCACCGCACCGAGAAUCUCAUUUACAACUCUGAAUGGGAACUUUCAGAGGAGAAGUUUGCUAUGACCGGUGACGAGAAGUAUCUUCAUCGCGUCCCAGAAUGGAAGAACAAAAUGGAGCACAUCGAAAAGAUCAUUAACACUAUGAUCCGCCACAUGGAAGAGAAGGUUGAUCUCGAGAACUCACAUAUGUUUGCUCGUCUUGUUAAGUUGCUGCGUCUCUGUCGUGAGCAGGAACUCAUAAGAAUUGAGCGAUUCAUGGAAGGUCAUGAGAAGGCUCACCACAAGAUCAGAGCCCUAUACUACGAUGCUCUCGCUAUGGCUGGCACGAAGGUGACUGUCACCUACCUGAUGAACAAAAUCGUCGAAGAGAAUAUUGACAACAUAAAGGCAGCUCGCCUCCUUAAAGCUUUAGCUGAAGUUCGCAUUCCAUCAGAGCACAUUGCCAACGAAGUUCUCCGCGUUUGUGAGAGUGGUAUUGCUGAGAAGGUUCCAUAUCUGAAGCAGUCAUGCUGGCUCACUUAUGGAGCAAUCUUCAACGGACUUUGCAACAAAGAAAUGCUUGCUGUUCACCGAUUUGAAAAGGUCUGCCCUCGUGAGCUCAAAGAGAAAUUUGUUCGCAAGGUGAUCGACAUCUUUGAGAAGGUUGAGACCCGAUACGAGAAAGUCCUUAUGCUGAAGACACUUGCUAACGCUGGUGUUGACAUCUCUGUAUUUAACCUGGAGAAGAUCAUCUAUGAUAAAGAACAAGAGAAGACCAUCAGAAUCGAAGCAAUCAACGCUCUUCGCAGACUCCGCCACAUUAUGCCACGUAAAGUUCAGAGCAUUCUGAUGCCCAUCUAUAAGAAUCGUCUCGAAAAGGACGAAAUUCGUAUGGUUGCCCUCCGCAGAAUCCUAGAGACCGAACCAGAGCAAGUUAUCAUCGACCAGAUCGUCCACCAGAUGGAAGUGGAGCGUGAUCAGCAGCUGCGAGCGUACACAUUCAGAACCUUGAAGACUAUCUCCGAAUUCCCUGAAAUCAACGAAAAGACUGUUCUUCGUGUGAAUAAGGCCUUGAGAACUGUUGAUUGCGAAUUCUACGAGCGCUUGCACAAACGUGUCUUCCGCUGGACUGUCAGGAACAUUGACAAGAGAUAUGGCGCCUCGGUGACAAUGGACAACCUCAUGACGAAGGACAGCGUUCUGCCAAAAGAGUUGCUCACUUCUCUUGAUGCAAUUCUUGGAGGUGAUUGGUACAAGCAUUUCCUGCAGUUUGGAAUCUCCCAGCAGAACGUCGAAGAGAUUCUCAACAAGCUUUUGCGCAAGUUUGAAGAUGAGGACAUGGAACAGCUCGUUGUUCGUGGAAAGCGCUCUACCAUCUAUGCUCCAUCCGAGAUCUUCAGACGGAUCUACGAGAAGCUGAACUUCGUACGUCGUCACCAUGACAAAGAAGAACCUCACCUGAUGCUCUACAUUCGUUACAAAGACAUGGACUAUGCCUUCCUGCCCAUCGAUGUUGACACCAUCCCACAGUUCUUCAAGAACAUGGUGCGUGACGGAAAGCUCGAACUUGACGAAAUUGAGCGCCUUCUUGCUACCGGAACCCAUUUCAGCAAGACCGCUGGAUUCUACAUUUAUGAAUAUGAAAGGAAGAUUCCAACAACUCUAGGUCUACCUCUUAAGCUGACCUCAAAGAUGCCAACUGUUGGAACACUCCAAGGUCACGUCAAGAUGGAGAUGGAGCCGAGACAAUCGAAGACAUUCGAUGGACUCCGCCUUCGCCUUGUCCUCAAUCCCAAGAUCGCAACCACCCAUGUAGUGAGAGUCGUUGUCAUUAAUCCUAUUGUUGAGAGCGGCUUCAAGAUGCUACAUUCUGCUACUUUCGAGCAUCCGAUCGAGACUGAGACUGAAGUCACUUGGAGGCACCAACUCCGAGUUAAGACCACUUUCCGACCACUAGAGCAGAAAAAGAACGUUUUCCACCUCCAGUCACGUCCAGUUACCUUCAUCCGCCACAUGAGGAAGACUUUGCACGCCUAUCCUGAACCAACCGAAGUCACCCUUCACCUGCAUGAACACCUUUAUCCAGUGAAGUCGUUCGAACACACCUACCUCAAGCGAUAUGGACAGAAGGUCAUUAUCACCGGAACUAUGCAUCGCCCUGUUAUUCGCAAAAUGGAAAGCCUACUGAACCCUGUUCUCUUCGGAUACAACACCAUCGAUAUCCAUGUAGAACCAACAGAGGACAUACCGAAGGAAUACGUCUUCAACAUGGAGUUGGAGACCUUUGUACCAGAAAGGAUGGAAAGGCCCGAACUCGAGAAGGUGUUCAAGAACAACGAUGAAUUUUUUGAGAUUGAAGAUGAACUUGAGCCAAGACGCAGGGAAGAGCGCAGGACCCGCCUUUCUACUUACGUGAGAAAUUUCCAAAUUGAGAAGGCCUACAAACACCGCCUCUUCUGCAAGCUUGAGACUGUUGGUCAGCGUGAGAAGCACGAAGCCGAGAUGGAGCUCAGAGCUGUAUGUGACAAUAAGUACCGAUUCUGCCGCACUAACUUGCUACUCCGCCGCACCCCUCUCGAAAAGGAAAACCAUCAUUGGGAAAUGAGACUUGAUGCCCAGACAAUGUAUCCACAGAUCCCGAAGUCUUUCGAACAGCUUAAGGAAAUGCUCAACCGCCAAUUCCAUGGAAUCAUCGACGUCACAUGGGGAAGUGAACAAAGGAACACCGCCUUCAUUCGUAUGCAGGGAGAGCAGACCCGCGAGCAGAAAAUGUGGAUGAACGAAUUGGAGCGCAAAGAAAACAAAUUGACUGAGAUGGAAAAAUUGAGAAUUGCUUCUCAUCUCAACCUCUACAAGAUAAUGGUUAAGUAUGAGGUGAACCGCGAAACCGAGCACUACAUGAGCAAACUCUUCACACUGCUCAAUACAUGGAAGAUGUGGAACACUGAGUACGAAAUGGUUAACAACAAGGAACGAGUUCUUCGAGUGCAGAUGGAGAUUGAGCCUAUGAACCGCCGGACUUUCGAUCUCCGUAUCGAAACCCCAGAGAAACGCAUUGUAAUGAGGAACCUUAAGAUGCCGCUCAGACUACCCACCCUCAAUAUCCAUGACAUGAACGAACUCGAACUGACUAGUGUGAAGGACGUCGUUCGCCAUGUCGUAAAGCACAACCGAGCUGAAUGCACUGUCAGAACUAGGGAGACUAACACCUUCGAUAACCUCCGUCUCAGAACCCCACUCACCACCUGCUACUCUGUACUAGCCAAGGAUUGCCAUUCGGAGGAGCCGCGCUUUGCCGUUAUGAUGAAGAAGAUUGAGAAGGACCGCGAGGAGAAGAAAUUGAAGAUUGUCACUCCUCAUUAUGUCUACGAGCUCGAGAUGAUCAACAACGAGCUCGCUGUGAAAAUCAAUGACAGAAGAAUCCAUCAUGAAGAAUUCAAAAAGCACAGAGUCAUGAGAGUCGACGAGAACCUUUACAAGAUCGAUAUCGAAGAUGUUGUCGUGUUGUUCGACGGAUACGAAGCCAAUAUCAAGCUUUCACACAUGUACAAGAACAUGCAAUGCGGAAUCUGCGGCCACUACGAUGGAGAGAAGUGGAACGAUCUUCGUCGCGCUGACAACGAAGAAACAGAGACAGUUGAGGACUUCCACCGCAGCUACAUAGCCAAAGAUGAAAACUGCGAGAUCGAUGAGAAUGAAUUCAAAAAAGAAAGUAACCAUCGUCUUGAGAAAGAUCUGAUGCACCGCAACUACCGUCUCAGGGAGGAGAAAGAACUGAGAGACGAGUACCGCGAGGACAGACGCCGUUACCAGGACGAAUGGAACGAAAAGGACAAAGAAAGAUAUGAAAGAGAUGAGACAUACGAGAGAGAAGAGGAGAUGGAAACUCGAGAACCAAUCCUUCGGACCCGCGUUAUCGAGCGUGAACGCCAUGUCUGCUUCUCACUGGAGCCCGUCCGCGAAUGCCCAAAGAACACCAUCGUGAAGAGAAAUGAAGAAGAAGAGAGAGAAGUCGAAUUCACUUGCCUACGUGAGAACUCCAACACUAGACGUCUCCUCCGCAAGGCUCGUGAGGAGGUCAUUCCACGCCAUCUUCUUGAAGGAGAGCGCUGGAUGACCACUAUCCGCGUCCCAAAAAUCUGCACCGUCUAUUGA